UAUAUUAAAAAUAAAAAUGGCUUCAAGUUCAAUGAGUACACGUAGAGCCGGUUCAACAUGGACGGCCCAAGAGAACAAACUGUUCGAGAAGGCACUGGCCCGGUUCGACCGGGACACACCUGACAGGUGGCAGAAUGUGGCCCGGGCAGUUGGCGGCGGCAAAUCGGCGGAGGAGGUGAAGACGCACUACCAGAUUCUCAUUGAGGAUCUCCGCCGUAUCGAAACCGGCCAUGUUCCCAUUCCCAACUACAGAAACGCCUCUGUACGUUGAAUUUGAUGAUCAACAAUUAAUUAAAGGUUUCGAAGUUUCUUAUGAUCUAAGUGAGUCUUCAUCAACUUAUGCCUUAAAAUGAAGAAGAAGAUUAAUGCAGUGGGAAUUUUAUUGCAGAAAAUUGCUGUCUUUUUUUUUUCUUUUUUUUUUUUUUUUAAUAUAGUCCAGUAUUCGGGGGGAAAAAAAAAAAGAACUUCUUUCGGUGUUGUAGUUUUCGACUUUUCGUGUACGUUGAGUACUAAUGUAUGCUUCUUAAUUUUGAUCAAUAAAUUUGUUUAACGAAA